AUGAAUAAUUCAGAAAUAUCUUCUACAUUAAACUCCCUUCCAGAGAACAAAUUUCCAAGUAUUUUAAAUAAUAGAGAUAUUCUGGUAGCCUCUAUUAAGAAUGAUAUUGAAUCUACGAUAGAGGACUCACCAACUCAACCUCCUACAAUCGAAACACAUAUUAAAGCACACAUAGAUCCUUUUGUAAUACAACAGGAAGACACUCAAUUAUCUAAUGAUUUGUAUGAAUUGAACAAAUUGAAAACGAUUACUAGUUUAAUUAUGGAAUUUAAGACUAAUUAUGAAUUAAUGGAAUAUGAAAAUUGUUAUUAUUCUCUACAAAAUUUGAGAAAAAAAAUUCAUGAAAAUGAACCAAUUUUGGUGAAAAAUUAUCACUUAAAACAAAGUUUAAGUUCGUAUGCAGAUGGGUUACAUGUUCAAUUAAUUGAAGCUAUUCAUUCAUUAGUUUCCAAAGGUUUUUGGAAAAUUCCUACAGUAUCAGCUUCUGAUAAUCAAAAUGUGUCUAUUGAAUUUCAGAAAAUUAUUCAUUGGGGAAAUGGGCAUAUUGAAUUUGAGUAUGAGUUUUUUAUUGACUUCUUGAGAGACGCCUUAUUCCCAGAUUCAAAAUUUGAUCUACAAAAUUGGUUAAUAACUGAGCUGGUUUCAACUGAUUUACAACAAAUUGUUAAGGAUAAUAUGGAUUCCUUGUUCAAUGAAUAUAUUCAAUUUUCUACUCUUGUGCAUGUUUUAAAGACUGGAAUUAUGAACAGAAAUUAUUCUAUUGUACUCACAGGUGAAGCCAGCAAUAUUAUUAAUUUGCAAACAAAACUAAAUUCUAAAUCCUCAAUUCAAGAUUAUCUUUAUAGUUUGGAAAAUAUUAUUGAAUACUUAAAAAAUACCUUACUAGAGCGUGAUUCUAUUACUAUAUUUAAUCAAAUUGGUAACUAUUUCUUUAAUGAAAUUAUUAAAUUGAUUAAAUCUAAUACAUACAUUAUAUUAGAAGAUGAUGGUAAUGACAUUUUAAAAUCACAAAUUUCAAAAAUAUGCAAUACUUUGAGCUUCCUUUCAAAAAGAAACACCUCUAUUUGGAAAUUUGAUGAAGAUGAAAUAACUCAUCUAUUAAAUAAUAGACAAUUGCAAAGCAAUUUAUUGGUUGAUAAGCUUUUUGAAACAAAAAUUACUACAAUUAGAGAUUUUUUUAAUAAUCCUAAAAAUUUAUUAACUGAUCAUAUAGUUCCUUCCAAGAAAAAUAAUAAUGAUAAUAGCUCUCCUUUAGGCAAUGGUAAAAAUGUUAGCAAUACGGAAGCUGAAGAUGAAACUAAUGACGAAGAUGAUUGGAACGAAAACUGGAGUGAGCAUGAUGAUGAUGAAAAUGCAUGGGGAGAUGAAAUAGAUGUUGAUUUAGAAAGUAUAGCUAAUAAAUCCAUUAAAACCAAAAAAUCAAUGAAAUCAAUAAAAUCUAUCAAGACAUCAGCAUCCACUAAUGGUGAUGAUGAUGAUUGGGAUGCUUGGAAUGAUGAAGUGGAAAUAGAUUUUGAUAAUCAAUCCAUUGGUCAAAAGUCAAUCAACAAAAAAAUUCCUAAUAAUAAUUUGAACUCAGAUGAGUUACUAAUAUCAGGUAUCCCAAAUUUUUAUAAAACAUUAAUUUUGUCUUUAAAAAAUGAAAUUGAAAAUGCAGAAAUACCAAAUUUUUCAGAAGAAUACUAUAACUAUAAAUUAAACAUAUUACAAACUACAUUCAUGGUGAUUGCAAUAUCCAAAAUGCGUUCCAACUGGAUUCAAUUGUAUACAGAUAUCCAAUAUACUGUUGAAACAAAUGAACUAGCUGGUAGAUUAAAUGAACUUAAUUCACGCUACCUAGAAUUUCAUAUGAAUUUAAAGAAAAGAUAUAUAUCUGGGGUUAUUACUGCAGAAUUAAGUAUACUUGAAAAGAAUGAUAAUUAUUCAAAUUGGCAAAUGAAAGAUAAUAAACUUUUACCUUUCAUUAAACGUGAAGUAUUUCAACCCUUAUUAUUAUUGAAAAAUUACAAUACAAGAAACUAUUUCUUUAUUAAUUUUUUCCAAUUUUUGUAUGAAGAAACUAUUACUAAAAAGAUACUAAACUGGAACGUUAUAUCUGAGAAGAAUUCAGAAAAUCUGUCCAAUUUAAUAAGUAUUAUUUGGAAAAACACAGAAGUCAUAGAAUUGCAAAAUCUUAAAGAAUACCAAGAACUACGCGAGAAAUUUUUAAUCGUAAGCAAAUUACUAAUAUUACAUCUUAAGGAUAUUAUGGAAAUGUUUUACAAUGGUGAUUUUUAUUUAUUCACUACUGAGGAAUUGAUUCAAUGGGUCAUUUUAUUAUUUGCUGACACACCUUUAAGAAAAAAUUCUAUUGAAGAUAUUAGAGAAAUUAGAGGAGCCGCAGAAGAAUGA